GAUUCCCGUUUCUCAAUCUUCCCCACCUAACGAUCCCAUCGUAUGUAAUAAAACCCGAAAUCCCUCUCUCUCUCUCACUCUCUGAAAUCCGGCCAUGGAUACUCUCGUCUCAACCGUCGAUCAGCUGUGGGCCACCCUGAAAGAUUCCAUCACAGCUUACACAGGCCUCUCCCCGACUACCUUCUUCACAGUCCUAGCCCUAGCGAUGGCCUUCUACUAUGCCGUCUCCAGCUUCUUCGAUUCUCCGCCUCCUCCUCAGAGGUCGAGGGAGCUCGAGGAGAAGAUGGAGCCUCUGCCGCCUCCGGUCCAGCUCGGGGAGAUCACGCAGGAGGAGCUGAAGGUGUACGACGGAUCGGACCCUAAGAAGCCGCUGUUGAUGGCGAUCAAGGGCCAGAUCUACGACGUUUCUCAGAGCAGAAUGUUCUAUGGACCUGGUGGCCCAUAUGCCUUGUUCACUGGGAAAGAUGCCAGCCGAGCUCUAGCGAAGAUGUCCUUUGAAGAUAAGGAUCUAACUGGGGACAUCUCCGGCCUCGGCCCAUUUGAGCUCGAAGCCUUGCAGGACUGGGAAUACAAGUUCAUGAGCAAGUACGUCAAGGUUGGGACCGUCAAGAAAACUGUUCCGGUCACUGACGGGUCUGCUGUUGAGUCCUCCGAGCUGCCGGCAACCGAUGAUAGUGCUGCUAAACCUGCAAAAGAAGGCGAGCUGCCUGCAAAAGAAGGCGAGCUGUCAGAAAGUCCAGCAGAGAACGCACACCCCAAGGAAACUGCCGCUGAGGAGGUCACCAAAGAGUGAAAAAAAAACUGCUCAUCAUUUCCUCUUGGAUGAAUACAAGAUGUGAAGGGGACGGUACGAAUUACUCGACCUCUUUUAUCCCCGGAAGUAGAUUUUAUUAGUUUUCAAGGUAAAAACAGAACAAAGACCUCUUGGAUGUACUGUCUGUUACUUAAAAAUAAGCAUAACAUAGUAA